UCUUCUUUACAUCAGUAAAUCAACACAUACACAUUCAUACAUACAUUCAUACAUACCAAUAAAAAUGGCUUUCACUGCAUCUGACAUCUGUAAAAUUGUUCUCGCCGUCGUUCUCCCUCCUCUUGGUGUAUUCUUUGAGCGCGGUUGCGGUUGUGAUCUCUUGAUCAACAUUGGUUUGACCUGUUUGGGUUACAUUCCCGGUAUCAUCCACGCCCUGUACAUUAUCCUCAAGUAUUAAACAAUAAUGUAUAAAUAUGUAUAUAAAUACAUUCACCCACCCACCCACACACACACACACACACACACACACACAAGAGACCUCUGUUCUUUCUUUUUAUUUUAUAAUAUUUCCAUGGUAAAAACAAAAACAAAAUAACAACAACUUCUUUUGUAUUGCUCUGUAAACGCUAUCUUCCCCUUCAAGUAACUCAUAUUCUCUAUUAUAACCUGUAAUAAAAAAUAAUAAAAACACACGUAUAAUUAUC